GAUCGAUCACACUUAAUCUGUUCGAUCAGAGAUAAUUUUUGCAAAUAUAAAAGCUACUGCCACUAUUUCCCAGCAACACUCCCGCCAAAAUGAAACUUUCGCUCGUUGCUUUCCUAUGUGUGGCCCUCGUGGCCCUUGCUUUGGCAAAAAAACCCGCCACUAAAUUCGUCACCAAGAAAGAUUUUAGUGGCCGCAUCAUCGGCGGUGAGACCGCCAAUGCUGGACAGUUCCCAUCGGCAGCUGCCAUCUACGUAAGUACCAAGGAAGGGACUUACUUCUGCGGUGGUUCCCUCAUUGACGAGCUGUGGGUUCUAACAGCCGCCCAUUGCAUCUCUGGUGGGGUAGCGUUCCAAGUUUUGCUGGGGUCCACCACCUUGCAAGGAACUGACCCCAACCGGGUGAUUUUGGCCACGUCAACUUCAGUUCUCCAUCCCGAUUUCAACCCUGACACGCUGGAGAAUGAUGUGGGACUUAUCAAGUUCCAUCUCCCAGUCACUUACACUGACUACAUUAAGCCCAUUUAUCUCCCGACUGUGGACCUUAUUGAUAAUUUGGACAGCACCGCCAUUGGCUGGGGGCAAAUCAGUGAUGAAACCGCUGGUCUUGCCAACGAACUUAACUACGUAACCGUUACCACGAUCCCCAAUGAUGAGUGCCAGUUGAGUUUUGCUAACACUAUUUUCAAGACUAUGGUUUGUGUGGCUGGGAAUUACAACGAGGGUACUUGCCGGGGUGAUAGCGGUAGUCCUUUGAUGACGACGCUGAAUCACCAUCACUGGCACCUGGGAAUUUCCACCUUUAUCAGUACCAACGGGUGCGAGACUCCAGACCCAUCUGGGUACACUAGAACGUUCCCGUACGUUGACUGGAUUAAGAAUGUCACCCAAAUCCCCUAAAUUUUGAGAUUUUUAAUAGAUAAGCAAGUGUUUGUAUUAAAGUUUUAACAAUAAAUACUACCGACCUGUAUUA